CUCCUCAAGCCAUUGAGGAUCCUGGGUCUGACUAUAAGUUGGGAGGGUAGGCGGCAUGCUUCCAAACCAGAUCUCUCACAUAUCGCGUCGACUCGCUUCUUUCGGUUUUGUCCUUUGUUGAAUUCGUCGUUCCUUGCAGACACCAUUGACCAUGAGCUCAGCCACUCCCAGUCCGCUUGCGCAAAGCGCCGAUAAAUCAAUCCUCUUCGCUAGACUUGGCUUGAGCGAACAGGUCCAUAAGUUACUACUUGGGGAAGCUCAGGCUGCAAGAGACAGGUUGAGCAGAGACGAGAACAACCUUACGGACCAGUCCAGGGCGGAUCCGACGGUUACAGCUCCAUACAAGUGGGAUGAGAUCUCAGAGACCGCGAAACAUGCUGAGAUCUUGACCUUGGUAACCCACGCUGGUCUACACACUAGACCAUACUAUGAGAUGGGCCGUUAUAUGACCAACGUCAACGAAGAGAACUGGGUUGCGAGGUGGUACUUGUGGCAUAGCUUCCGCUACCGAGACAACCGAGACAACAGGACCCGAGGUACGGUCAGCAACAGCAGCCAGACGUACAGCAGCGCCCCGGCAGCUUAUGGCACUGUAGGUGGCUACUAUGACCCGGUGUAUGGGCGUUACCGAUGAAAAAGCUCGAAGCGAUAACGGCGACUGGCGACAAUGAACUGAUGGCGUCCUCUUUUGUAGAUGUGCGGAUAGCCACAGGGGUGAUCUUGAAUGGCGAAAGGCGAUGUAGAUGUGUACGCCUUAUUUCGUCUGCAAGAAUCCGCUUCCUCGGAUGCAUCCCAUAGCUUGAUUAUGUAUUAUCCCUUUCUGCUUGUCCUCGGCACUUCCAUAUCCAAUUCAUUAUGA